UGUUAGAACGAUCGUUCAAGCUUGUCUUAUCGAAAUGUAUGCUUCUCUUUGGAUUAUCCUCUUUAGUUUACAGUGUCUUUCCUAUUGUUACGAAAACCUCAGCAGAAAACAUACAACAAAAGUAUCUCAAAGUUCGACCUACUCAGACUAUUAUGCAACAAGAGCAAAUGAUGGGAUUACCGCCACUAAUGAUGCAUAUUGUGCCCAUACUACUCUACACAAACCAUUAGCAUGGUUCCAGGUUGACCUGGGACAACUCUACAACAUAUGGAAUAUAAAAAUUUAUUACAGAAAAGAUGGUGAUGAAUUGUCAUCUUGGAAGCAAUAUCGGUUCAGACAAUUUUACCUAGACGUAUCAAACUCAUCAGCAAUGCAGACAACAACGUUACAGAGGACUCGCUGUUACACUGACAAUACGACUGCCCCAGCAUUACCUCCAAACAUAAUAGACAUACCAUGUAAUCACACAGCUAGAUACGUCAUUGUGGAGACAGCGUACGACGCACCUGAAGAUGAUAAAUAUGGUGUACAUGGGGCAAUCCUUGAAAUCUGUGAAAUAGAAAUAUAUGGAUGUGGUACCACUUGCAAAGAAAAUGUAUGUAAUGGCUCUGCAUAUUGCGUCAGUGGGUGUGUAGACGGAUACUGGGGACCUGCUUGUGAUUCGCAAUGUCCUGCAAAUUGUGGAGAACCAACAUGUACUAGAACUAUGGGAUACUGUGUCAGUUGUAAAUAUGGUUAUUUAGGAGAUGCAUGUACGUUGAUCUGCCCUAUGUAUUGUACCGAAGGUGUCUGUGACAAAAGUAAUGGCAGCUGUAUUAAAGGAUGUAUGGCAGGACAAUAUGGAGACACCUGCAAUAACACAUGUAGUAUUGGGUGUGUAGGAGGGACAUGUGACCAACAGAGUGGAACCUGUAAUGCUAGUUGUAAACAAAACUGGACAGGGCGUCUAUGUGACGGAUGCGAUUCAAAUCAUUAUGGACCUUCUUGUUCUUUUGUUUGCAACUCUGACUGUGUGAAUGAUACAUGUAAUGGCACUAAUGGUUUCUGUACUUUGGGAUGUAAGACGGGGUUCUAUGGAAACAAGUGUGACAGACAAUGUACUUGUUGUCCGUCAGGUUGUGACAGAUUCACAGGACGAUGUAAUGGAGACUGUCAAAAUGUUAAACAGUCACAGGUACCUAGCACAGAAAAUAGUUCCAGUCUAUACGUAGUAAUUGCAGUUCUUUGCAUCAGUCUAGUCGUCAACAUAUGCACAAUAACCUGGAUUUUAAGAAACAAUGUAUUCAAGAGACGAAAUGAAUUACAAAAGAAUACGAAGAAUAAAAGUAAUUCUGAUUUUGUUUCAACCCCCGGGAUAUAUGAUACAGCGGUGGACUAUGACAAAUACCAGGAAUUGGGUCAACUCAGUGGACCUUCUCACUACGAUCAGCUCAAAGGACCGACGACUAAUUGAUGGACAUCCAAAUAGCAAUCAGAAUGAUACUGUGACUAAUUAACGUAAAAAUACAGCAAUAGAUUUUGUUGUUGAUUUUCAUUGAAAACUUGUUACAAUAUAUAAUACAAGUAUAUCGAUUGUAAACCUUAUUACUUCAAUAACACGAAUAUGUUGAUUCAGACCAAAGGUAGUUAUUUGUUUUAUUCACACUGAAAAUGAUUGAAAGUUAAUACAUAACAUUUUGCAAGAUAUACAUGCUUUUAUAUAUAUAUAUUUCAGUUAAUUCAUAUCUGUUUGAAUUUUCAGUUCAUAAAAGUAAUACAAAAAAAUAAUUGACAUUUACAAGUUCUGGCGAAUAACGAUGGACAAAAAAAGCUUACACUAAUAGAUAUAACAACUUAUGCAAGGUGCAAGUUGUAAUACAACACAAAAAGAAGGACAUCAAUUUCACUUCCAUUCCCCUGAUCUAUAAUACAGCGGAAGACAACGCGGGACACCAAGAAUUAGGUCAACUUAGUGGACCUUAUCUAUACCAUCAACUUUAUAUGAUACAUGUAAAACUUAACUAAUGGACACCUUAUGAUUAUCAGGAUGAUCUUUUGUUAAAACAUGUUUUGAUACGGUGGCUUUUUAUGCCUGUCUAAUGCCUCCAUGCUGGGUUAUGAUCAUAAAACUUUUAUGACUUUACCCAUUGUAUUUAUUCAACGUUUAGAUUAAUCAUACAAUCAGUAGACAUUCUAUCUUCGCAGAAUCAAUUCUAUGUUGCUCCAACUUUUUUAUGAUGUUAUCCAUAUUAUACGUAUCGUUUAAACAUGAAUUUUGAAAAAAAAUUAUGGAAUAAGUUUUGAAAUGAUGAGUAGAGUCUGUUCAGACCAUCUUGAAUAUCACAGUUCUCGUUCGUAUAUCUGCAAUAAACAUAUACUGUCAUAUGUAUAUUUUAGUAUACUGAGAGAAAAAAAAACCCGCAAAAGUCCGCAGACAAUUGGGUAAUUAUUUAUGGUCUAAC